AUGCGGAGGUGGCCGGUGGGAGAUGAUGAAGAGCGUUACUUCGUCGUUCCCUCCCGUCCCGCUGUGGUUUCGCGGCCGGCCCGGCAGCGCGGGACCUGCUGGGAAGCCGAAAUCUCCGUAUUUGGAGCAGAUCGCUGCGGCGAAAUGAGUCUCGUAGAGGGAGAAAAAUUAAAUGACCUGGAUAAAAACCUAAAAGGAGGGGAAAAAUGCGAAGCGGCUCAGAUCUGCCGGGAUGAGAACGGGAUUCGGAGGAGCUGCGUGGGAGGUGGUGGCGAGCAGGGCAGCACCGUGGGGGCCGUGCCGUGGCGGCACGUGUUCGGCACCGGGCUUUGCCAGCGCCGUGUCCCGCAGACCCUUUUCCAGAGCCCCGACGAGGGUUGGCAGGUUUACACCUCGGCGCAAGCCCCCGACGGCAAAUGCCUCUGCACGGCCGUCAUCCCCGUCCAGGGCACUUGUUCCCGCGACCUGCGCAGCCACCAGCUCCGCCAGCUCAUGGAGAAGGUGCAGAACAUCUCCCAGUCCAUGGAGGUACUGGACCUUCGGACCUACCGGGACCUCCAGUACGUGCGCAACACCGAGUCCCUGAUGAAGGGUUUGGAGUCCAGGCUGAGGGUGGCUGCUGAGAGCCAGAAGAGCCUCAACGCCAAGAGCUUCCAGGAGCUGAAGGACAAGAUGACGGAGCUGCUGCCUCUGCUGCCCGUCCUGGAUCAGUACAAGUCGGACACGCGGCUGAUCGUGCACCUGAAGGAGGAGGUGAGGAACCUCUCCGGCAACUUGCUGGCCAUCCAGGAGGAGAUGGGUGCCUACGACUACGAGGAGCUGCAGCAGCGGGUGCUGAUGCUGGAGGCACGGCUGCACGCCUGCAUGCAAAAACUGGGAUGCGGGUUGUGUCCGUCUGUCCCGGGAGCCCAUCUCGAUGGGCGUGUGUGUGUGCGUGUGUGUGUUGGGGGGGGGCGCCCCCCGUUUUGGCCGGGCAUCCCUAACCUGAGCCCACCGCAGGUGUGGUACAUGGACGGUUACUACAAAGGUCGUCGCGUCUUGGAGUUCCGCACCUUGAACGACUUCGUGACGGGGCAGAACUUCGUGCAGCACCUCCUGCCGCAUCCCUGGGCCGGCACCGGCCACGUCGUCUUCAACGGGUCCCUCUACUACAACAAAUAUCAGAGUAACAUCGCGGUGAAGUACCACUUUCGCUCCCGCAGCGUGUUGGUGCAGCGCAGCUUGGCCGGCGCCGGCUACAACAACACCUUCCCUUAUUCUUGGGGUGGUUUCUCCGACAUCGACUUCAUGGUGGACGAGAACGGGUUGUGGGCCGUCUACACCACCAACCAAAACGCCGGGAACAUCGUGGUGAGCCGAGUGGACCCCCAAACGCUGGAGGUCCUGCGUAGUUGGGACACGGGGUACCCCAAACGAAGCGCCGGGGAGUCCUUCAUGAUCUGCGGCACCCUCUACGUCACCAACUCCCACCUUGCCGGCGCCAAGAUCUAUUUUGCCUACUACACAAACACUUCCAGCUACGAAUACACGGAUAUUCCCUUCCACAACCAGUACUCCCACAUAUCCAUGCUGGACUAUAACCCGCGGGAGAGGGUGCUCUACACCUGGAACAACGGCCAUCAGGUCAUCUAUAAUAUACACAUAUUAGCUAUAAUGUAUGCAUAUUAG